AUGUCGGCCGCCGUCUCGAGAAAACGCAAGUCGCCGGAGCCGAAUAGCCAAUACGAUGAAGCGCAUACGCCUACGAGAAGCCCUUCAAAGAGACAGCUAAGAAUCACGCAGAAGCAGAAGCAAGCGUUGAUGGACAAUCUUCAGCUAGAGAUCACGGAACGCGCGCGUAAAUUACGCGCCCAUUAUGCUCUUCAGGCACAGGACCUGCGAGCGAGAAUUGAACGACGUAUAAACCGAAUUCCUAUGGCAUUACGCAAACAAAACCUAGGCGAAUUACUCGUCAAGUACUCGGAAGCCGCCAAAGAAACAAAUACCAAGUCUCCAUUUAAGAAACCCACAUUACCGUUGAAACCCACAAAGACGGUGCGCCCCAUCACACAAGCAUCAGCUACUUCAAGUAGCAACAUUGCGGGAGUUCUGCGUUCCGGGGCGACGCGUCAGAGCAACGACUCUUCCGAUAAAGAAAACGUCGGCUAUCCAGACCUUACAAAUCAUCCUCUCACAAAUCCAAAACAGCGCAGCAAAGCCAAUGCACCAGCCGGCUCUUCCCGCGCGGCUUCCCAACGCACCGAGUCCAACAUCCUAUCGCCAAAGUCGUCCAAUUCCCGGACAUUUCCCCAAUCCCCGCUGAAGAUGUCGCCUACCAAACCACAACAACAAGAACCUUAUCAUAUCCGUGCCUUCUCCCCAUUCAAGCACACUAGCCCGACCAAAAAUUUCAACAUCGCAGGUACUGCUACUGGAGCCGUACCGCGACUCAGGUCGACUAGGGGCGCAGCAGGAGUUCGCAGGGUAACCCCUCCAGACACCAGCUCUGAUGCAGCACCGGCGAGGGCUCCCAGGCCGAAGAAGGCUCUGUCAGUCAAAUCUGCACCAGCAACUUCGAGAAAGGGACCUUCAAGGCCAGCUACACGCCAAACCAACCGACAGAAAGAUGUCAAUCUCAACUACUACAUCCUCAACCUCGAAGAAACCAACCGCGACCAGAGCCCGCGGAGCCACAAUUGCAACGGCCUCGGCUGCAAGGAAGAUGACGGCUGCUGCCGCUAG